GAGUUCCGGGGGCAAACGUAUCGUCCGCCGCUCUAUGGGGCUGGUCGAUAACCAAGAUGGGGGAAAGCGGUACCGUAUGGCGGUCGGAUGAGUGGAUGGAUAUCAAGACCCAAUUGCGCGAGAAAUUUACAGCAGAAUGUUGAUGAGGAAUGUUGAUGAGGUUGGUGAGGAGAUGCUCGACGUGUUGGGUGACCUCGGCCAAGUCAACAAGCAUUUCACUGCUCUGAACGAAUUCCAGCGCUUUCGCGAGGUGGCCAUGAGCGUCGUCCGGGAGCUUAACGGGUUUUCUCGCGUCAUCAUCAAUCAAUUCGAUAAGCGGUGGAAUAGACAGAUGUCCCAUGAGCCGUUAGCCGUCAGGUGUCUCGAAAAUAAGGGAGUGCCCGCCUUCAUGCGCAUAUUCAUCUCGGUUCUUGACCAGCUCAAGAGCCUCACUGUCCUGCAUUCGUAUGGUCCAAAGGGCGAGCACGUCUUGUUCUCGUGCACCGGAUCUGCCGUCUCCUGGGCGAGUCGUCGUUGCGCAACUUCGACCGUUUGA